AGAGAGGAGAGGCCGGCCUGGGGGAGGAGUCAGGCCGCAGGCUCCGCUCCGUUUCCUCCGGUCACAUCUCAGUGUCCAGGCUCCAGCGGCCGCUCCACGUCCCGGGUGUCCGCCGCCCUCUCCUUCCCGCCGGCGAUCAUGGCGCUCAGGGCCCGCGCUCUGUACGACUUCCGAGCCGAGAACCCGGGCGAGGUGUCGCUGCGGGAGGCGGAGGUGCUGAGCCUGUGCAGUGAGCAGGACAUCGAGGGCUGGCUGGAGGGGGUGAACAGCCGCGGGGAGCGGGGACUCUUUCCUGCCUCUUAUGUGGAGAUCGUCCGGGCAGAAGCAGCCGGUCCUCCUCCUCCUCCGCCGCCUCUACCUCCAUCCGACUCCCGCUACGCUAACCUGCCUCCCGGCGGCUACGAGCCGGCCCCAGCGCCCCCCAGCUACCCGAGCUUCUCGUACCCCGGGGUGUCCGCCCGGCCCGCCGCCCUCCCGUACCAGCACAGCCAGCCGAGCGACGACGACUGGGACGACGAAUGGGACGACAGCAGCUCCACGGCGGCGGAUGAGGCCCCGGCCCCCGGUUACUAUGGAGGCGGUUUCCAUGACUAUGACAGCAGCAGGUACCGGAUGUCAACUCCUGGCUCCUACUCCACAACCGCCUCCACCGCCACCGCCUCAUCCCAGGCCAAGGGCUCCGCCACCGUCAGCCGGAACCUCAACCGCUUCUCGGCCUUCGUGAAGAGCGGCGGUGAGGCUUUCGUGCUGGGGGAAGUAGUGGGCUUUGUGCGGGAUGGGGACAAGCUGUGUGUGGUACAUGGUCCGCAUGGACCGGAGUGGCAGGAGAACCCGUACCCCUUUGGCUGCACCAUAGACGAGCCCACCAAACAGACCAAGUUCAAGGGCAUGAAGAGCUACAUCUCCUACCGCCUCCUGCCCAGCCACACCGGCCAGGCCGUCCACCGCCGCUACAAGCACUUUGACUGGCUCUACGCCCGAUUGUUGGAGAAAUUCCCGGUCAUCUCAGUGCCCCGCAUCCCCGAAAAACAAGCAACCGGCCGUUUCGAAGAGGAUUUCAUCUCUAAACGGCGGAAAGGCCUGGUGUGGUGGAUGGACCAUAUGUGCAGCCACCCGGUUCUAUCCCGCUGCGACGCUUUCCAGCACUUCCUCACCUGCUCGGAUGAGAAAGCGUGGAAACAAGGCAAAAGGAAGUGCGAGAAGGAUGAGAUGGUCGGGGCCAACUUCUUCUUGACCCUCACCACCAUGCCUGGGGCCCCCAUCCUGGAGCCACAAGAAGUGGAUGCCAAGCUGGACGCUUUCAAGUCAUUUGCCAAAAGGAUGGAUGAAGGAGUCCUCUUACUCAACCAGACCGCCGGGGAGUUUGCCCGCAAGCAAGCCUCGGGCUUCAAGAAGGAAUACCAGAAGGUGGGGAUGGCCUUCAAGGGAUUGGGUCAGGCCUUCGAGAUCGACCAGCAGGCUUUUUCUGGUGGCCUGAAUCGGGCUAUGUCUUUCACGGCGGAUGCCUAUGAUGCCAUUGGGGAAAUGUUUGCUGAGCAGCCUCGCCAGGACCUGGACCCCAUCAUGGACUUGCUAGCUGUGUAUCAGGGUCACCUGGCCAACUUCCCGGACAUCAUCCACGUCCAGAAAGGGGCACUAACCAAAGUCCGUGAAAGCAAGAAGCACAUUGAAGAGGGCAAGAUGGAGCUACAAAAAGCUACCGAGAUCCAAGAACGCUGUAACAUUAUAUCCUAUGCCACUUUGGCAGAAAUUCAACAUUUUCACAAAAUCCGUGUGCGGGACUUCAAGUCACAAAUGCAACAUUUCUUGCAGCAACAGAUAACUUUCUUCCAAAAAGUGACGCUAAAGUUGGAGGAGGCGCUACAAAAAUAUGACGCAGCCUAGUCAUCCCGUACAAGGACCUUGAACAUUGUUCUCCUCGUUUUGGGGAGGUUAUAAACUUUUGGGGUUUUAGUCACCCCUCCUAAAAAAGAAACAACCUGUUGCCAAUAAUUGGCGGUGGUACACGACUGGUCGUACAUUUACAUUUAUUUUUUAGUAUACUGUGAUUUAAAAAAAACAACAACAAUUGAACUCGUAAUCCGCAUAGAUCCAGCAUUGCGCAUUUAUAUUUAAAUUCUAUUAUCUAUGCUUACACUACCAUUGUACCUUUUUGUUCUGGAGUAUCGAGUAUGCCGUUUGCCUUACCAUUGAACAAUAUCACUGAGCAUACUCUGAGUGGACUACGUAACCUAUAAGAUGUCAUCAGUUGCCUUUUUUUUUUUUUCUUAAACAUUCUGGAUUUAACAAAAUCCUCUGUUUACAGAACUUUUACUUGAGCAAUUAUUCAAUCCUUGUGCCUUCCCAACUUUUUUUUUGUUUUUUUUUAUUAGUAAUAAAUUCAUAUUUUAUCACAGGACAGGAAUGCAUCUGAUGUAACAUUAAGAUUGUGUUAUGGUCCUCCUUCUCUUUCCUAUAGAAAAUUCCUGCACGUACUGUACUUUUUACUCAUUUAGGCUUAUUUAUCUUGAUUGGACAAGAUGCAAUCAUUUCCUAGGUGUUAUUGAUGCAGUAUUUUUGGGCUUUCCAGAAUAUUGACACUGAUUGUAUUUGUGUGCACAUAAAGUGCUGCACCUUGGAGUGGUGACAUGGUUAUCUUAGUGCUGCUGCUGAGCUGGUUUUCCAGUAGUACACAUACAUGGACUUUCUUUUCCUUUCUUCUCAGGCCAGUCAAGUACAUACUCCUCUCAGCUAUGCCAUGACAUUGUGCUAGAGAAAGUGCACUGGAUUGAAGAGCCUGGCACGGUGUUGGGCUAAUGAUAUACAGUAAUAGAUGGCAAGAGGAGGGAGAAGCGGUUACUGAUGCACUGGUUUUGCUAGGUGCUAAGUGAGCAAAAAGGAAAGAAAUAGCAGCAACAGCAUAAUCACAGCAAGGAAAGGGUUACACUAAGCACUGAUCUGCUACUUACAUCUAAGGGGGAGAUUACACAGCAUCACUGUGGACAUACAGCAGUAGAUAAACUGGCAUUUAAAGCUGGGACAACAGCCUCAUAGCGUUAUGGGUUGUCAUAAAUGAGAAGUAAACCUUGAUUUACCUUUUAAGGAACUGUGUGGUCAACAGGCAGACUGGCUCAGCUUUCAAAUGCAUAGCCCAGGCAAUCUCAGGCUCUCUCUCUUUCUCUUGCACAUAGUACAUGCUAAACCCCACCCACUUCCUGUAAUUUGUUCUGACCUAGCUGUUACUAAAGACAGAAUUCCACUGACAACAGGCAGUGGAUAACAGAUUGCAAAAAAAGGGAGAUCUAGUGGCAAAGACUUUAGAGCUGUUUUUCUGUGGUAAAGAAGUCAUUUUGGGUAAAGGAAGUGAUUUUUAAAUAUUCUUGUAAUUACAUUAACUAUUAAUGGAGUGAAGUUGUUUGGUGCUGCAGGGAUACACUUAGUGUUAGGUUUCCCUAUAUAUUACACCUGAUCACUGUAAUUCCUGGGACCAUUCUAGGAGGUGUAGGGGUCGUCCAAAGAAUAAAACCCCAUAUUUGUACAUUUAUUCCAGUGGGCACAAUGUAAUGUUAUUGUCCUUAACUGCCUGCAAGGGGAUGAUUGCUGCUGGGUUCCCUUGCAGAUUUUAGCUGAUCUUUAGGGGGUUCUCUACAGGAGGGGGGCAACUUGUGAUCAACUCCUUCUUACAGAGCCUUUAGAUGAAGUGAUGUAAAAAGCAGACAACCCCACAAGUGUGGACAUCUAUUGAAUGUCCUUAUAUCCAUUUAAUUAUGAUAAUGGUGGGGAAAAAAAGGAGGUCCAGUGCAGCCAUGUACAGGUAAAACCACUUGUAAUUUGUUUGUUGCAUAAAAUGCAUGCGAUGCACGGCACAACAGACUAAGGGUACAAAUAGAUCCUGAAACAGAAUAAGGAAAUUACAAAUGUUUUUACCUGCACAAGACAGCGCUGGACCUCCUUUCUUCAUUUGCCUAUUAUGGGUGAAGUCCUGCACCUAUCCAUUGUCGCAGUGUUGACCAGGUGAGCUGGAAGAGCUCUUUCUACUUCCAUAUAAUUUUAAUGUAUUGCUCUAAUCUCAGAGAUUAAAUCUACAUUAAAUUUUGGGGAAACUUUACAGAUCAUUUUGCUUUUAUGGAUUUUUUUACCAAUGUCUCUUUCUACAUUUAUAAUCAUUGAAGCUUUCAAAGUUUUACUGCUUGUCCUUGGAACUACAAGAGUUUACAGUCAGACGUGACCCAACACCUGGGACACGUCAUGGAUCCCAUAAUGCACCAAAACAAAACAAAAAUCAGAAGUUAGCUAUAGGUGCAAAUGCAGAAGUACACAUACAUGAAGAUCAGUAGAAACAAAGUAUCCAGGGGUUUUUUGUUUUGCCAUUUUGUAGACUUGAACGUAAAUGGUUAUGUUCUUAACUAUGCACCAGUGAAUAUAGGGGCUAGAAUGAAAUAAUAGUCACGAUGUAGACAGGUCAGAUGACCUAAAGUGCACAAUGAAAGUUUCACCCCCUUUUGUGGUUUGCAUUCAUUUACAUUGAAUUGUGAAUAGUCAUCUGUAUGUUCGGUCCAACCCAGUACUGUCACUUUGUCACAAAACUGUUUACAAUAGACAUCACCACUUUCUUUCAAAAAACAGCGCCCCACCUGUACAUAUGUUGUGUCUGAUAUUGUAGCUUCAUUAUAAUAAUUCUUUAUUUAUGUAACACACUCAGAUUGGUUCCUGUCCUCACUGGGACUUACAAUCUAAAUUCCCAGUAUGGUUUGGGUGUGGGAGGAAACUCACGCAAACACCAGGAGGACAUACAAACUCAUUGCAUGUGUUGUCCUUGGUGGGAUUUGAACCUAAGACCCCAGCACUGUAAGGCAGCAGUGCUCCCCAUUGAAAUAAAUAGGGUCGAGCUGCAAAACAAGACAAUACCUGCAGAUAUGUAUGGUGCUGGUAUGGGAAAAGCAGACAUAAAAUAUAUUUUUUUUAUUUAUAUAUUUUUUAAAUCCCAGACAACACAUUUUGGUGGGAGAGACGCACUCGUUCGAGAUGGCUCGUUCACAUUGCUGUUGUGCUCCAGUAUAUGGAGCUCAGUCUGUCGGAAGGACAGAAAGUAAGCAACAAAAAAAAUACUGCAUGUCCUAUUUUGUUUCUCUCCCCCGACGGACUCCCUAUUCAAUUCAAUAGGCUCCAUCAGGACUUGGCGGUGUCAGUGGUGAUGCAACACAUUUUGGGUCUGUUUGGCACAAAAAAAUAAAUAAAAGAAACAAAUGGACCAAGGACAUGAAGGAGCACAGCGGCAGUGUGAACCUAGCCUAACUGGUUGCUAGCAUUACUUGAUGCUAAAAGUUAGCAAUGCAAGUGGGAGUUUAUAGGUGUGGCCAGGGGUUCGCUAUGCCCCAUGGCCGCCACACCUAUCCCCUGUACACCAGCACUGGGACCGCUGUGUGAUUGACACAAAGGUCCCAGUGCAUGCGCCCCUUAUCUUUCAUAUGUGAGCACCGACCGACAUUUCUUUACAGAGGGCGAGCGCUCACUUCAACUGUCUGUAGCUUCUGUGCGCCUUCUCCUCUUCUCCCCGUGCGGGAGAUGCACUGGGCUCUUCUGCAUUCAUUAUAGGCAGAGAGCGCUCACUAUCUGCCUCUAGUAUUACCCGGGCGCAUGGAGGUGUUAGACAGAGCGCUCACUCUGUAAAGAAAUG